CCCUCUCGUUAAGACACUUCUCGCUGUUUCCGUUUGGACUCGAUCGGGUGACUCCGCAUGCUUGUAGCUUUCGACGAGAUUUCCCUGGCACAAUUUCGUGCCCAUAAGAAGCACCUCAGUUUUAUUGGAGUUCAACUGCAAGAAGUUGGAAGAUAACCAAGACUUGAUCUCAGCAAGGCAAUCAUCCUCAUAUUCGUGGCUGUUUUGGAGCAGUGUGAGUGAACACUGUCUUCAUCAUGACUGACAACUAUGAUGUUCAAGUUCAAGAAAAAAGACACAUGUUACCAGAUGAAUGGAUUGAUCGAUGGAAGGAUGGAAAAAUUGGAUUUCAUCAAGAUACCGUCCAUGAGUUACUAAAAAAAUACCUUGAAAAAAUUCUGAAUGGAAGGAAAGGAAUCCGAUUCUUUUUUCCUCUUUGUGGAAAAGCCGUUGACAUGAAAUGGUUGGCAGACAUGGGUCAUACAGUAUUUGGAGUAGAUGUAUGUGAGAUUGGGAUUAAAGAUUUCUUCAGUGAGCAAAAUAUUCCCUACACAGAAGAGCCAGUGGGUACAAUACCAGAGGCCAAAUUAUUUAAGAGCACAGAUGGAAAAAUCUUUUUGUAUAAUUGCAACUUGUAUGACUUUUCCAGCUCUGUUGUUGGACGCUUUGAUGGGAUAUGGGAUAGAGGUUCCAUGGUUGCUAUUAAUCCUUGUGACAGGCAACGCUAUGCUGCCCUGAUCAUCUCCCUAAUGGACACUGACUGCCGCUACCUUUUGGAUACUUUCCUGUACAAUCCAAAUCUUUAUAGUGGACCACCGUUCUUUGUUCCAGAUGAAACAUUACAAGAUUUAUUUGGUGAAAUGUGUUCCAUUCAGCUGUUGGAUAGUGUUGAUGCUCUAUCUGAAAAGCAAACCAACUGGGGUAUUGAUUUUUUAACUGAAAAGGUGCAUCUGCUGACCUUAAAGAAAAGCCUUUCAUAAUCAGGCUAUGUAUUAUAUAUGCAGUUUCAUUUAAAAAAAUCCCCUCCCUUUACAUAUAAAUUGAUUUCAGAAGGUAUUCAACCUCUUCACCUUCUGCACACCUACAUUUAAUUUGAAAUGGAUAAAUUUGCCACUUUUGCCUAUUAAUCUACAAUCACAAACCCACAAAUGAUGUAACUCAUAGUGCUUUACAAGAUGAAUAAAGACAAAAUAUAAAAAUUAGGUAAUACGAAUUAACAAAGAAUAAAGUAAGGACAGAUGGUCAGGAGGACAGAAAAAAUAAAAUUAACUCUAGAGGGCUGGAGAAAAACAAAAACAAAAUCUGCAGGGGUUCCGAGGCCAUGAGACCACCCAUCCCCCACUGGGCAUUCUACUUAACAUAAAUGAUCUCAAUCAGUCCUUAUGGUUUACAGGCGUCACAAUGAAGAAUUUGACGAUGGUGGUCAUGUGGACCUCUGGCCUUCAAUCCAUCAAUGUAGGGACUGCACAGUGCCCUGAUCAGGUGGUUGUGGGCAUAAAAAAAAUGGUGCUUCCUGUUUGCUUUAUUUGUCUUUAAGAUCUAAAACUUGAUUGCAGUCCACCUGUGGCAAACUGAAUUGACUGGGCAUCAGUUAGAUGUCCAGUGACAUACCUGUGUGUAUAAGGUCUCACUAUUCACACUGCAUGUCAAGAUAAAAACCAAGCCAUGAAAUUCAUGGUACUCUCUGAAGACCUCCACAAUAAAAUUGUGGUGAGGUAUAGAACAGGACAGGGGUAUAAAACCAUUUUUAAAACUUUUGAGUAUUCCCAGGAGCACAGUGGGCUCAAAAACUGUGAACUGGAAGAAGUCUGGAACCAUCAGGGCUCUUCCAAGAAUAGGCCAUUUUGCCAAACUAUGUAACUGGACAAGAAGAGCCUUUGCCCAAUGCUCACUCUAACAGAGCUUCAGAGGUACUCUGCUGAAAUAUAAGAGCCUAUCAAAAGUGCAAACAUCACAGCAGCACUCUAUCAGUUAUGUGUUUGUGGUAGCCACUAUUAAGCACAAGACAUCAGGCAAUUUAAAGGAUUAUCUGGGAAAUGAUUCUCUGAUCUGAAAAGACACAAGUUCUGAACUCUUUAGGCAGAACUCCAAGAUCUACAAGUAUGUCUGGUGAAGACUAGACACUACUCUUCACCUGCCUAAUGCCAUCCCUAUGGUGAAGCAUGGUGGUGGCAGCAUCAUGCUAUGGGUAUGCUUCUUAGCAGCAGGUACAUGGAGACAGAGUCAGAAUGGAGGGAAGGAGAGGUCUUUGUAGAAGACCCAUUCCAGAUCAUGCACAACGUAAGACUGUUGCGACAGUUUUACCUUUCAGCAUGAUAAUGACCCAAAACAUACAGCCAAGACAAUGCUGGAGUGGCUUCCGGUGUUUAGCCAAUUUGAAAGUCUCAGCAGUCAAUUAAUCAAAUUGUUUGACAGCACAAUUUUGUUUAUUACAUACUUUUGUAAUAGUGAAUCAUAUUCAAAAAUAGCAGAAAAAUAGAAUGUAAUUAUACAUGUUAGUAGUGUACAUAAACUGUUAUGGAAUACCAUUUUACAACAUCAGGUGGCUAAAAUUGCUUUUACAGACAGCAGAUUCCAACUCUCUAGUGAAAAAAAGAUUCCACUGCUAUUGUUAAUUGGAAGUUUGGAUACAAGUUUUAAAAUUUUGUUCAAAGAAAUACCCAAUGGAGGUUUAAAAUCUGUGCUGAAGUCUCAAAUUAAAAUUAUUGGGUGCAUCCGAACUUGGUGCUUUGCCAAAAAAAUGACAGUGUCAGAGAACCAUUAAAUUGUUAUAAUCUUUAGAUAAUGCUGCUAUGAGGAUGUUUUAAUGUAAAGGAAAUGAUGAGUAAAUGUUUUGUCAUGAUAGCAUGAAGUGUCACUGAACAAUAUUUAAAAAUAAAUUUAGUUGCAUUUAUUUUUUCACUUUUCUGGACUUGAUUAUCACGUCACUUACCCUGUUCAGUUUCAACAAGUAGGAGAAGUGAGCUGCUGUGAUGGAGGUUAACACAAGAUGCUGUGUUGCCAAAGAGGUGAACGUGGGAUGGGGAGAAGACAGACCUGAGACUCUUAAGUGUAU